GAUUUUCUAUCCUAAAAUACAGUGCUACAUAAAAUUAUUAAAUGUAUUGUUGUUGUUUUGAAUUGAUUGUGCUUCAUUCAGUAUUUAGUAGUGCUAUUUUAAACACACACACACAAUGCUUGAUAAGGGAUUUGCCAGUGACAAAUGAAGCAGGAUAGUUUUAAUUGGAGAUGGUGUUUUUGAUGAUGCUCUCGCUUUGUGUAAUCUUCACUCUCCCAUUCAUAAUCCCCUCUUAUCUCCUCAUGGUUGUGGACUCUAACCAUUCGUCUUAAAAGUAAGUACGGUACUGUAUUACAAUGACAUUCAUUAUUCUAUAAUAUCAAUGAUUUUCUACAGGUGAGGCUUUCAAGAUUGUAUAAUUUCACUAACCAACAGUAAUUGACUGCAUUCAGUUAUAUCUUUAAAACUUAUAAUCACUGAUUUUUCUCUUCUUCAGUGAACGAGUGGGCCAACAGCACAGCAGUAAUGAUGGAGCAGUCCUGGACGAGGGUUGAGAGGUCAGUGCUGGUGGCACUUCUGAGCGUGGAGAUGGUGUUGGGGGUCAUUGGGAACUGUCUGGUACUACUGGUAAAAAUCAUGGUAGGUAACUGUUAUUAUUUCCAACUGAGUGUGUGUGUGUGACUUCUCACACACACACUUCUCUCCCUGACCUACUGUUAGGAUAUCUAACCAAGUACUCGUAUAUCCUCGUUAUAACCCAGUGUUCUGACUGUAGCUUACUUCUGUGAGUGUGUUGUAGUUUACAUAUGCCUGCCUGAUUGUGGCACUCUUUUACAAAAUGUUGUAGUGCAAACAAACUCUAUCUGCUGAUAAAGAGGCACUGAGCAAUGCCAAUGAGUAGAGCCUAUGUAACAAAUUAAAUUAAAAAAGAGUAUGAAAUAGAAUAAUCUCUCUCUCCGUCUCUUUCUCAGUGUAGGGGUCGGUUUCCCUGUAGAUACUGGGUCCCCUUCGUCAGUCUGACCAUCUCCGACCUUGGCUCCUCCCUGCUCAUCAUCUCUGGCUCCUUAUUGGCUAUACUGACUAAGGGUCAGAGGUCACCAUUGUGCGAGGUCGUCAGCUUGCUCAAAUUCGCCUUCAUCACUUCCUCAAUUGGAAGCAUAGGUGAGACUCUCCUGUGCCUGGGUUGUUGGCGUUUUGAAUCCACAUUUCACAUGGAGAAACAACAGUGUUACAGGACUGACUUUGAGGAACACUUACUGCGUUAACCAACUUCUCUUCACACACACACACACACCUUUUACCUUCCAUUCUCACUAUUCACUUCUAAACACCCACUCCUCUUCUCACAUAUGCAUCUUUUACAUCUAAUUCAACAAUCUUCAAUCCUCUUACAUAUAUUCUGUAUCCCAAAUGGCACUCUAUUCCCUAUGUAGUGCACUACUUUUAAAAACACUCAUUCCUCCCCUCUCCACAGCGAUUCUCUGCGUCCAGCGAGCCAAGGGCAUGGCCGCCACAGGAAGUGGCGCCUCUGUUGUCGUGGCGCUGGCUUGCCUGGCUUCCUGGUUGACAGGGGCGGUGUUUGGGAGCGUCCCUGUGGUCUACAACUGGAUCAGGUGAGGGAGGGGUGUGGUGAGGGUCUUGUCGUUAUUUGGGUCAUACUAGACAUACAGUGUGGAAGGCUAGGUCAUUUAUCACUUAUCUUCUCUUCCAUCAAUGUACUCGGGUCCAUCUUUAGCCCAGUUAGCCAAUCUAAAUUAGGGGUUUUGCACAGAAUUAUAAUUAUUUGGGAAAUAAUGGGGGCCCAAGGAAAAAUGGGCUGGUGUCAGGCCCUCAAGGAAAAAAAUUGUCCGGUCUGUUAGAAAUGUCCAGGCCGAAUUUGGUCCAGUCCGUCCCUGCCUCUGAACUCUCUGUCUCUCUCUAACUCUCAGGUACGACCCUGCAGAGAUGCUGUGUGCAGUGUUCUGGGACAGCAGUUACUCUGACAUGCUGGUCUACAUCCUCUGUGCUUUCUCCAUCUGCAUCUUCCCCCCCUUCCUCCUCAUCCUCUUCUGCUCUCUCUUCACCGCUGCUGGCUGUGGGAGGAACUGCGACAGGUAUGUGUUGUGAUUUGUGAGCAUUUGGGUGCAUCGCAAUAGCCUGAAAUGGUCUCCUCCCCCUCGUCUCAUUUACAUCAUCUGCAUUUAUGUGAAAUAACUGCACAUCAAUUUCCUGAUGCAUUCACACCAUUCUUGCGAUACCAACGUAUCUUAUUCAAGCUGGAAACAGAGGUUCCAUUCACAUAUACUAGAAAAUGACAGAUCAGUGCAGAUGAUGGAAAGGCGAUUAAGAGAGAAGGCAACCUCCGAUAGAAUGAGAGGCACCCAGAUUAGUACCUUCCUCAGUAAUGGCUCUCUUUCCCUCUCUCCUUCAUAGUGACCCAGAUGACCUCUCCUCUGUCACUCCUCUGAUGGUGGCCUUCUACCUAUUCUGCAACACUCCCUUCGCUGUGUCUGAGGUGACACACGCACACAAAUGUCUACACACACACACACUCUUCAGAUUAAUCUUGUCAUGCUCCCCCCUGAAGCCAAUGGUUAUUUUUGACCUCUCUCACUUCCCCACAGCUGAUUCUCCUGGGUAGACUGGACCUAUCCCCUGCACCUAAUUGGCUGAGAACCCUGUCGUCCAUGAUGUCCUACCUAGACUGCGGGUUGAACCCAAUCAUCUACUGUGUCAAUCAGAACUUCCGGGAGGCGGGACUUGCUCUGUUCUGGACCAGUAGGAAGUUGUUAUUCUCUGAGCCUGUGCUGACAAGCGUGACAACGUUAGAAUUGUAAAGAUUGACCGCAAAAUAAAUUCUGUAAAGUUGGUGGCUAAAAUAUUUAUCAUAAAACAGAUUUAAUUCCUCCAAUUUGAGAUAUUAUGACAAUGACUGGAAAUACAUGUUGCACUGAUCUUGAUAUUGCUUAUGAGACUAGAUGUUAACGAACGGGACAUCAUGCAUUGGUUGAAAUUACAAAGAAAAAACUAAUAUAUAUCUUCAUCAAUCUUAAAUCAUUGGCUGACUCAGUUUUCUGAAUUGUUGUUUUGUUGCUGUCUUUUCCCCUCUGCAUUUUAUCAAACCAGCCUACCUACACCUAAAUAUUUUAGUUUUUUUCCCCAAAUCUGAAUUAGGUGUGAUUGGCCUACUAUCUAGAAUAUAACUUCAGUGAAUUACAGACACAGUUGUCAUUUGCCCUUGAAGUGGGCUGUUUCUUCUACACAAUUUCUGCUCCCUUAAGUUCAUGAAGACAAUUGAAUGAAUUAACAUACAUUAGUUGCGGCCAGACUCAGACCUAUUGCCCCAUGAUAUUGAUUGCCAUUGACAAUCCAUGGAUAGACCUAUUCAGUCCGUUUUGGUGCUAUGCUUGUGACGUGCGUGAGAAAGCAGAAACUGUAGUGGAACUGCAGAACGUCACACACUUUGGACCAGAAGUGUCCGGUGAGAUGUUGGAACGGUUGGUACCGGGCCAGGGUGUGAUCCAUCAGUUUCAGCAACACGAACCCACAGCAGGACAGCACGGCGAGACCCAGGUAUCUCCGGGAGUGGCAGUCUCCAUGGUUACGGUUUACCCCGACACCUUUGAUGACCGCGAAGGCCACGUGACACCCGAGGGCCACCUCGAACCCAUGGUCGUGCACCAGCGAAAGGCCAUAGCUGAGAAUGGAGCACAACUCGACCGUUAACGCGUACCGUGGCCGCCAACCGUGCUCUAUAAAAUGGCACCACACCGGCACCCACGCGAAGAUGGGAAGCGUGAACCACUGGUCCAAAACAGCGGGUGCGCGAAGGAGCGUCGCGAGGCGCACCCACUGCACAGGUGCGUAGGCAAUGGCCAUGAGUGCGAACAUGUCUUUGACGUAACCUGCCCUAGUGUCUCUUUUACCGUCCGUCCGUUGAAGUAGCCAGUAAAGGCCCAUGAAAAUGUAUCCCAAAUUGACCAAUGAGUUGAAUGGCAUUGCCAGGUAACUGGGUAGGUAGUCAACUGUCUUCUCGGCGUAGUGAUCAUAGCUCAUGUCGACUAAAACACUGUUGAAUAGACCAGUGUUCGCCAAAACGAUACAAACACAAAAGGGCACUAAAACGUGUAUCAAUGCAGACUUCAUUUUUAUAUCAUAUAUUCCAUCGCAUUGGUGCGAUAAUUGUUUAAAAAAAAUAGAAAUGGAAAUAUUUUGACAGAGCAAGUUGCGACUCAAACUUUUUCUGUUGUUUUUCCGGUGGAAUCACA